AAAAUCUAACAUGGCGUCCAUACGACGAUCCAUGUUGGGGUUUACUGCGCCUCUUGACACUUUUUCAAUGCUCACCAUAUUUGUAUGAGAAAAGUGUGGAGACUUUUCUUUCUUAGGUCUUCUCAGGCACAAUAUAAACAAGAUUAUCAAAGUGAAAUUUUGAAAUGAUGUGGGAACAGCUGUGGGGUUGAUCCUUGAUCAGACAAAGGCACAGUCAAUUUAUACGCCCGAGUCUACGUAUCUCGUGGAAUUAAGAAUGUUUGCGUUGUUGUCCGGGCUAUGGAAAUACCUUUUUCAGAAAGACGAAUACUGCAUUCUUAUUCUUGGCUUGGACAAUGCAGGGAAAUCGGUAGGUUGAGCCGGUUUUAUUUUUAGCUUAACAAUAACUUACGUGCCUCUGUGUGGUGGGUACGAUCCAGUCAGCCAAUUUUUUCGGAAAUUACGUAGCUUUGAAGAUGGACCACUUCUCUCGAUCGGUUGGAUCAGCCUUUUUGGAAAUUUAAUACUGGUACAUGUGACCAUUCCAUGUCGAGAACACUUAUAUCAUACCCUUCCUAUAUAUCUAUUGUGUCGUGCAAGGAAAGGAGGACUUGCUGCAUUUUUUUAGCAGAUCACAUGUAAAAAUAUCAGAAUCUGGAAGUCUGGAAGUCUGAUUACAGGGGCACCUAACGACAAUUUUCGGAAAAUAUCUGUUCGGAAGACGAUUUGAGAUCUAGAAUUUUCGGAACAUUUUUUCCAAAAUUUCUUGCUUGCUUGCCUCUCCUAGGAUUUUCGAACAUCUAAAAAAUGGUAUAAUUGCCCAUUUUUAACGGAUUUUUACCUCAUAAAGGUCACCUACAAUCUUCGGGAGCCUUUUUUCUGGCUGAAAUUUUCGUAAAGGUAAGUUUUGAUCCCUAUAAUUUUCGAAUCACUAGACUUUAAGCUAGGAAAUCCGAACAGAUGAAAAAUUUUUAGGGGAUAAAAAUAUGCCUAUACCUAGCAUUUUCACAUGUUUUUAUCCAAUAGUGCCUACUGUUUUAAUACUAAAAUAUGUUUAACAAUGCUAUAUUCAAGUGGUUUUGAACUAUAUUCUCGUUGGGUGCCCCUGUAAUUAGUCCAGAAACAAUACAUCUGACACCGUUUUGCUCUGAUCGGCUGAAGAUUAGGUUUGACAUCCUCAUGGACUGUAAUUUUUGCAAUUUUUAUCACGUUUGAGAGAAACAUAACCGAAUUAAUGACCAAAUUUUCCCUGGCUUUUGUUUUCCUUUUUUCCGUUUGUGGCUGAUAAUAAUAUUGAAGAUGAAAUGAUGAACUUAUGAAUUUAAAUAAAUAAUGAUUUUAAUAGAGAUAGCACUUCCCCUCGGUGGUUCUUUGUCUACCUGAUUCCUGGUUGACUUGAAAUUUGGAAAUGUUGGUGUUUGGGGAUAGGGGACAACUGGAGUACCUGGGGAAAAUCCUCUCAGAGCAAACAAGAGAAUCAACAACAAACUUAACCCACAUGACACAUGGCGUCGAUGCCGAGAUCUGAACUAGGAUGCAAAGAAAGUCAGCUUUACAGCCUGCCAUUGGGGCAGGCUGUAGCUAGCAUGUACUAGCCCACAAGUCAUUUUAACUAGCCCCAAAACCCCUUUUUAUUAGCAGGAUUGAUUACAGUCCUUCCGUAAUUUUGAUUUUCCCCCAAAACAGCACUUGCCCGUCAGGCAAGUUGAGAACAAAAAUCACUAGCGCGAUAGCGAAAUCCACAGCCCCAGGCUAUCAGACACGACUUUCUUUGCACGCUGUCAACCCUGGCCACAUAGGUGGUAGGUGAGUGCUGUCACCACUGCACCACCCCUGCCCCCCAAUUUCAUAUCUUUGAAUGGUGGAAUGAAGAAAUGAAUAAAAAGAAGAUCAUUCCAUCGAAAGAUGCAACUUGUGCAGUUGCCAAAAGAAAGCCUGAAAAAAUUCAGGCUUGCUGGGAUUGGAACCCUGACCUCUGCGAUACCUUUGAAUUGAAGCUCUGGCUGAUAUUAUUACUCCAUCACAGAAUUAAGCUUGUGCUCUUUUUUCAAAGAAAUGGUCACUGAAAAUAGCUGUUGUUUUCAUUUCCUGAGUACAAAGAGCAGAUGUUUUUUUUGUACCAGGAUGACAGGUCAACCAGCUCAUGUUAAUUUAUUUUAACCCAUUCGCUCCUGGAGAUUUUGCCGAAAAACGCGUUUUGAAGCUAGUCGAGUGGUUUUCUGGUCACUGUCGUGCUAUAAAGAGCUAAAACUUACCACAAACCGGUUUACAGGUCGUACACUUGGCGGCCUUCUGAUCCAGAUGCAAAAUAUCAGCUUGCGAAGUUCGGGCAUGCGCAGAAAGCAAAAUUUCGAGAUAGUUUUUGGGUUUAAAAGUGACACAGCAGUCUUGACUUUUACUUUUCGCUUUCUCUCCUCCCUUCUUUUUUCGCUUUUCUUGCCUCAUUUUUUUUUUCUCUUGCUGGGCAUUUAGUAGGCUUCAUUUUGGUGGGAAGAGUUUUUAGGAAAGCUUUUAGGAUCUUAGGAUUAGGUGAAAGGAAAGGUAGGUGGGUAAUGGAACAAGAUUUUCAUGGAGAUUUUCAGGUCCUUGUCACGUGGUUUUUUGCUUCUUUCUCCGGUGUCCUUGACUGAAUUGUGCUCAUUCUGGUAUGGUUUGAAAGAUCUCUUCACUCUGCACAAGUUAGCGAAGAAAGUUGUCCUUGACCGUUAAAACUGAUGACGUCACAAAGGGUAGAAAGGACCUGGAUCCGCACGGGCGGUUACGGGCGGUUCAGGGGCGAAUGGGUUAAAGCAGGGUCAGUUGGUGGCUUGAGAAAAAAAAUGUAUGAAGCGUUCUUUUCCCCCUCUUUUCUUAAAAAUCAUUUAAAAGAAGCCUGAUCUCAGGUUAUUCCAUAUAUUUCAGUAAGGACAUGGAUCAGCAUGUCUACAUUAUCCAAAAGUCCUUCAUUUGGAUUAGCUAACUUCAACAGGUGGUGGUGGUCCCUAAAAAUAGUAAUAAAUUUCUAGUCUCACAAAUAGAAUGGGUUUUUGUGUACCCCACACGUUGUAGCCUCUGUUUAUUAAAACUUAUUAAUGCUAUACAGUUCCAGCUGUACAGCUGUAGCCGUCGCAGUUUAAUGUGACAGUAUCCUUGAGAUAUGUCCAGAAAUGUAUACAAAAAUGAAAAUAGCAAAUUUGGUGAAAAUUCACCAAAGGUUUGAUGAAAAUUCACGAGAUGGAUUCACUAUUUUCAUCAACUUUGCCACUUUACAAGUAGAACCUUUUGAGACCUUAGCUAGAUUUUUGCAAACCCUCUGGCAAUGUUUUACCAGAUUUGCCAUUUUCGCAUUAUUUGUUUUUCUGGACAGAAGUGGUAUCCUAAUGGUUUAAUUUAAUUUUCAACGUUUGUAUUAUUAUGGCAGUAAAAACGUCUGGAUGCCCAUAUUAUUAUUAUUAUUAUUAUUAUUAUUAUUAUUAUUAUUAUUAUUGUCUCUAUUAUCACAGUCUUUGCUGGUGUUCUUUUUUUUGCAUCAGCCGGGCGCAAACCAUGCACCUAGAGCGUCAGUCACUCAGGUCAAUCAUUAUUAUUAUUAUUAUUAUUAUUACUAUUAUUAUUAUUAUUAUUUAUUUAUUUAUUUAUUUAUUUAUUUCAGACUCUUCUGGAACAGAUAAAACGAAGGUACGGAAACAACUACAGUGGCCUCCCAUUUGAGAAAAUAAAAACAACAAUUGGACUAAAUAGUAAGUUGAAUACUAUUUCUAGUUCUUUCACAGCUGAGAAGGUACUGUAACUAUAUGCCUGGUGUGCAGCUGAACGUUCCCACAAUGGCCACCUUAGGGACAGACAUAGAUGUCAGUGGUAGUUGUACUAGUAGCCUGCAAACGGUACAUACUGUAAAAUUCCGAAAAUAAGCCCCGGGCUUAUAUUUUUCAAAGGCCCUUUUUGAGGGGUUUAUUUUUGGAGGGGCUUAUCUACAGAGGAACAUUUGCGUUUCAAAAUCGAUUGGGCUACCCUUAUAGUUGGAAGGAAAUUUGCUGUUUUUGCUUUGUUUUACUUUGAAUUUGAGGGCAAUUUUCCAAGUACAGGAUCCAAAGUUUAAUUGAAAAAUCUUGUCAAAAUCCUUAAGACACGUCAGCUUGCAAGGUCACGAGGAGACACUCGGGCUUUCCUUUUAUCCUGAUUGGUCGACAACAAAACAAAAGGUUUAUGUCACAGAAAUUGUUUGGCGGCUCGGGUUUGCAGACAUUAUUUUUCAGUUGGAGAGUAGCGACGUCCCGAAAUAUGUCUGUGUUUGCAGGCUAUAGUUGUAAAAAGUGGCCACUGUAAAGAUGUUAAAACAAGUGCAAAAACAUCUGCUGGAACAAACACAAGACCACUGUGGAAACUUGGAGAGGUUCAACUGUACCAUCUGUCUACAAUAUUUUUGAUUGCUGUUUUAAAGUUCAUUGUUGCCUGUUGACUUUUCAUGUACACAGCCCUGGAAAAAAAUGACACACAUAAAUACUCUACAGCUGUAGAUGCAUUUGAUUAAAACUUGAAAAAGGUAAAAAGGCAUCUAUUGAGUAAUUCUGAUGUUAAUCCUACAUCUAUUCUUAAAGUACGUGUAAAAGAAAAAUCAAUUUAAAAUAAGCCCAACAAUUUAUAUUUUCUUUAUUAUUUUAUGCAAACUUUUUAGUACAAUUUUGUUUACUUUCAAUUGGGAGUGCUCAUAAUGUGAAAGAAAUUUGUGAGUAUAAGAUGCCUUGAAUGAUUUGCUCACAUUUAUUAUCUGAAGAAAAAUUGUUCUGAUUUCAAUAACUUGCUCAGCUUGCAAAGAAAGUCGUGUGGGAUAGCCCAGGGCUAGUUGAUUUUGCUGUCGGGCUAGUGAUUUUUGUUCUUAAGUUGCCCGACGGGCAAGAGCUGUUUUGGGGGAAAUUCAAAUUACAGAAGGAUUGUAAUCCAUCCUGAUAAUCAAAAAGGGUUUUCAGGCUAGUUGAAAUGACUUGUGGGCUAGUACGUUCUAGCUACAGCUUGCCCGAAUGGCAGGCUGUAAAACUGACUUUCUUUGCACCCUUUUGCUGCAAAGAUAGACAAAAACAUAACUAGAUUUAACUUAUAUGUACUUUUCUGGACAUGUAUGCUGUUCCUUUUUAUUAAAAAAUUCAUUUAAUGAGUAUUGAUUUUUUUUUUCUGCAGUUGGGAAGAUUAGUAUGAGCCAUGUGAAGUUGAUAUUUUGGGAUUUGGGCGGUCAGCAAGAGCUUCGAUCCUUAUGGGAUAAGGUAUGGUUCUUAACUAACAAUCAUAAUACUAUAAUUACUUAAUGACUUGAAAAAGAAUACCAUUUAAAAGUAGAAUCAUUUACAUGUACAGUUGACUCUCUCUAAACAUAUUUGUCAUUCAGAUCAGAGGUACAUUUAUUUCUGUAUUUCUCAAUUUCUGCCCUAGCGAAUAAAGGAUGCAUGAAUUGGCAUUAUAAACAAAAUGAACUAGCCAGCUGUGUUACAGCCCUUUUAACUACAGUACAAAAGUUGUUGUCCUUUGAGGAUCUUAUUCCAAUAACAUUUAUUUUUUUCAGUAUUAUGAAGAGUGUCAUGGUGUUAUUUAUGUUGUUGACUCUUCUGAUCAAAGGCGAAUGGAAGAGUCUCAUCAGUCUUUCAGUAAGUAACAGCCCAGAUUAUACAUCAGACCCCUACAAAAUAGUUAAGCAGUAAAACGGGCAACAGAAAACAUGCAGCUUGUUUUGCAACAUUGCUGCAAAAUGAGUUGAAUAGCGAUGUUGUGCAUUUUACCACUGAUGUUCAAACCUGUCUUGCAACAAAUAAGGUUGCGAGGUAUUUUUUGGGCGGUGGUAAAAUGUGCAACUUUGCUAUUCAACUCAUUUUGCAGCAAUGUUGCAAAACAAGUUGCACUUGUUUUGUUGUCCAUUUUACUAAGGUAAUUCCCUAGUUUUGUGCUGUGCAUCACCUAAGUGGGCAUAUCAUUGCAACUUCAAAGGGAGCGGUGAUUUUCACCGGUUGCCUAAAAAGAGGUAAUUAUUGCCCCUUUUCUAGUCCAAAUGCUUUUAUAGCGAUUUUGAUAAUUCUACCCGGCUAAAAAGGUGUUUUUGUUGAAACUCGCCCAAGUCCCCUCUCCGAGACAAACAAACAUGCUUAAGCUUUUGGUAAGAUACGCAGCUUUUGCCAUAAAAUACGAUUUUUUGACAAAAAUUAUUGUUUCAGUUUUGAACAUUUUGCUCACAACUAGGAAAAACCACUCAGAAUUAUGGGGAAACAGGGCAAAAACAAGCAUGGUGACCCCAUCUUUUUAUUUUUGUUUUUGAAUGUACUAUAAAUGGCUGGCAUUUGUGCCAAGUUUGAAAAACAUCUGGAUAUGACAUCAUUUCCAAGGGCAUUACCUUUAGUUGCAUUCAAGUUUGCUUAUUUCCUAAAUUAUUGUCCCUUGUUGUUGAUUCUUGAGAUCAGUCUUAAAUCAGUUAAGGGAUCUAUGGUAGUAUUCUACAGUGUAUGGUAUUAUUUUCUGUUUUUACAGACAGUGUUGUUCAUGAUCCUCAUCUGGAAGGCAUUCCAUUGUUGAUUCUUGCCAACAAACAAGAUAUUCAGGUGUAUUUGAAAAAUGUUAUUGAAUUGCAUAGUUAGUCAAGAAUACUGGGGCUAAAUUAAAAGCAUGGUCGUUUUUUUUUUAUAAAACUUAAUUACACUAAUUUAAAAAAUUGCAAAUAAUGUCACAUGCAAGCCUUCAUGUUGUCUUUCAGGAAGCUUUGUUCUAUCUCCAGUCUCAUUAAGUAAAGGAUUUAAAGCCAGGUUUUGAAGUUAAUGUAAUUAUUAUUCACUUUAAAGGAUUCCCUUGGUGUGGAGGCAAUAAAAAGUAUAUUUAAUGACAAUUCUCCAAACAUUGGGCAUCGGGAUUAUUAUAUUCAGCCAACUUCUGCUCUAAACGGGUGAGUUAAAAACUUGCAAGCCUAGAUAAUAGUAACUAAAAGUUCUCUUCUAAUGCACUGCUCUGUUGGUGUUGAUAUCAUCUCCAUCUUGUAUCAUCUCUAUGUUGAUAUUAGUCUGCUUGCAGCCGUUUUUAGUGUCAUCACGCAAUGCUCCUCCCCAGGCAGUUUAUGGGGAAUAGAGUUGGUUUUUCUAGGGGGGUCUCUGAUCUCUGGGAUUAGAGGCUCAACAUUUGACAAUUUGUGGACAACACUUCUAAAGUGUGUUUUCCCCCUCCUUGUUUGCCUGUCAUGUCAGUUUUUAAAAGGUAGGAUGAUCAGAUAGAUGCCAGUGGCUGGUGUCAGUUCCAGUUGGUUGGGGCUGUGUGGGGGGGGGGGGGGGGCAUUGCGUGACGACACUAAAAACGGCUGUGUAGCAGACUAUGUUAGUAUCCAUGAUAUCCCUUGUCACCAGUGGCAGUUGAUUGGGAAUAGAGUUGGUUUUUCUAGUGAGGAGUCUGAUCUCAGGGAUUGGAGGAUCAACAUUUAACAAUUUGUAGACAACACUUCUAAAGUGUUUUUUCCCCCUCCUUGUUUGCCUGUCAUGUUGUUAAAGGUAGUAUGGUCAGGCAGAUGCCAGUGGCUGGUGUCAGUUCCAGUUGGUUGAGUGGGGGAGGUGGGGCCUUCACUCUUCGACCAAACAACAAAAAAAUUAAUGAUCUGUCAAAAGGAUACCUUGCACGACACAACACAAGAAGACAAGAACACCUCAAACAACUGAAUGGGAGCUUUGUUUAAAUAUUCAAAUAGAAAAUGAUUGGAUCUGCAUAAGUGGGCCAAGCCACAACCCCUUCAAUUAUGAUAUUAAAUUGCCUGUAAGCAUGCACUUUCAACUUUAUCCUCCGGUCAGGGAAGUUUGCCAAUGCGCUACAAUCAAUAUAUGUAGUUCCUCUCAAAAUCUCAAGUGAUACAUGACCACCCACAUUGAGGAUGGUCUGCCUGUGGAAAAAGUAACUAGUAAUUAAGCUUUUUUACCGGACAAUUUUCGUGUGUCUUUUUCUAGAGAUGGAAUAAGUACUGGAAUUGAAUGGCUCGUGGAGACAGUUAAAACCAAUCUGGAUCGCCCACCACGACAGAAAGAAAUCACAUGACACUGAAGACUGUACCAUGAUACUGUACUGCGCGUGAACUGAGCUUUGAACUUCUUUUUAAAAAGUGCGCAUCAGUAUACAUACUUGUAGAUAACAAAUGUACAAAUGGCAAAAUCCUCUUCAUCGGGGAGGGUUUUUUUCUUAAAAAAAGAUAAUUUGAAUCGUUGUAAUUUUUGAUAAUGAGUACAUCAAAGAUUGAAAUCGUGGGUUCAAGGAGGCCAUUUUUAUUUGGCACAUUAGUCUGAGUCGGUUUUGUGUGUACCUGCACUAGGGAUUGUUAAAUUUGGGACGCUAUCCCUUAUUGCAUUAGAGAGCUUUAGAUUUGAGGACGAGAACGACGAGUACGAGUACGAGCUUUAACUUAAAGUUUCUUUACGAGUGUUUUCAAAAAAAGACAGCCCGGAAAGCAAGAAAGUUAGUACGAUUAUUUAUACUGAUGAAGGUUAAGCUCUCUCCCGAUAGCAAAGUGAUAAAACCUCUUUCAUUUUACAAAUUGUUCCCUCCACUACCGUCGACAUUCUCGCUAAAACUCGUAGUAGAAUGACGACGGCUAUCACGUUUUCCCGACAAAAUGACGCUGGUUCAUGCGUGAGCAAUUCUCAGUACUGAGAAACUCUCGUACUCGUAGUCGUCCUCGUCUCAGAAUCUAAAGCUCUCUAUUGUCUAUUGGAACAUCAUCAUCCUCAGAACGAUGUCAUGGUGCAACACCGAUGCAACACUGACCCAGUCUCACACGCAACCUCAAACUGCUGUGCAGCUGUUCUAUUGUAUUUUUGAAGCGCACACAGAUUGUAAAAUAAAAUUAGGAUAAUUAAGUGUGCGUGCAAUCUAAAAUGCAAAAGUUGCAUGUUUUAGUCGAUAUGUAAUUAUUAAAAUAAUAUGCUUCUUGGGA